CGGGCUGGAAGUCCCACCAUUUCUAUGGAGGCUAUAAACACGGAAGCCCUCCGACUCCUGGGGGCAUCCUUUGCGAGUAGUACUUGGGGAACAUAUAGCAAGGGUGUGGAACAGUUCAUCCAAUUCCGGCAUCAUGCUGGCCUCCCACCCCUCUGGCCAGCUCCAUGUGGCCACAUUGCAGCCUUUAUUGCCCAUCUCUCACUAGAAGGCCUCGCCCCUUCCACAAUCGGUACGUAUACAGCCGCGGCCGCUUAUGUACAUAAAAUUAACGGAUGGCCCGACCCCACCGACAGCUUCAUCGUUCGAAAAAUGAGGGAGGGUUGCCGCCGCCAGGGCCGCCGCUGCGACACUAGGCGCCCCAUCACGGCAGAACUCCUCGAAAAAAUAUGCAACAUUCUGCGUGCAAUCACCUCAUCGGAUCUUGAGGCUGCACUUUUCUGUGCCGCAUUUUCACUGGCCUUUUUCGUUUUUUUCCGAGUUGGGGAACUAACAACUGCUAGCAAAUCCGCCGGGCAUGACCGAACCCUCAACUUUCAUGACGUCUGGUUUGAAAGCAAUGAUCACUCUGUACUGGUGGUCAGGCUCAGGUUUUCCAAAACUGAUCAACGGGGCGAUUCUGUUGAACUGCGUUUUCAUAGGGAUCACCACUCCCCCACUUGCCCCGUGAACAUGGUUUCAAGUUACCUCCUCUUGCGCCCACACCUUUCAGGCCCAUUUUUUGUUCAUGUAGACGGUACACCCCUAACAACCUACCAGUUCAGCCAAAUGCUGCGUAAAUCCUUAGUGGCCCUAGGCCUUCCCCCUCAGGGCUUUAGCCCCCACAGCUUCCGCAUUGGGGCGGCCACUUCCGCCGCUCUGAAUGGAACCCCGGUCCCGCAGAUCCAAUUAUUAGGCCGCUGGAAAUCCCAAGCCGUAAAUUUGUACAUCCGGCCUGACAAAGUCCUCCCUCCCUCCCACACAGGGCUGCCCCAGCUGUAACAUGUCAUUUGCAUCCCCGGUUCUGCUUUUGUUUUUGCUUAACUCCAUAGGUACAACACGCACCUGGGUGGUUGGUGACAGCAUUGUCUUCCGCGCCGGCGAACACGCCUUAAACGAGCCAUCAUUGGGGCUGCUCACUUGGCGGGGCGU